UUUUCAGAAAUGCAGACUAUAUAUGAGAAGUUCUGGAUAGUUUUACGACUCCAGUUCUAUGUGAUUUAUCUGCUCCUUCAACACAUAUACGGGAAAAUCAAAGAGGUCUUCCGAAUGGCGGCUGGUACCGCUGACAUUCCAGAUGGACAUGUCAGAAUGCUGUCAAUUAUCUGGCGUUAUAAGUUGGAUCCGGAAGAAAUUGCAAAAAGAAGUGAUUUCGUGCUAGCAGGAGGACAUUUCGAAAGCAUCGAGCUAAUGAACAAUUCACACUGGAGUAUUUACUGUAUUGAAAGAGACUAUGUACUGUUUGUUUUGUUGCCAGAACCUUUCUAUAGCUAUAACAUCAGUGAAUACCCAUUCAUUUUCGUCCCAUUGUUUGAAAAGGCUUUGGCUGUAGCCGAAGUGAAACGAAGCGAUUUUCUGAAGUUUGCUGAGACCUUGGAAAAACAACCACAACCGAGGACCGUACUUUUUACGAACACAGCUCGCUGUGGUAGUACGUUGUUGGGAAAGAUGCUACACAGACCAGGCUUCAGCAUUUGCUACGCUGAACAUCCGGCGCUUACCACGCUGUCCGUUGCUCUCAGUGAGGAGUUUAUGAGCGAAACGGAGAUACGACAGUAUCUACGAGGAGCCAUCACCUGCCUACGAGCCCAUCUUCCCACCGGUGUCGUAUGUGUGCUGAAAACGCAGUCGUUCGAAGCAAAACUUGUGCCAUUUUGUGAGGGAAUUCCUAAUCUCAAGCAUAUUUUCGCGUUCCGAAAGAAGGGACUGUUAUCCGUUGAAAAAGUAAUGCGUCGUGAGGAUUUCUUAAACGCUCUGCUUACGGAGAUGUACAAUUAUUGCCCAGCCGCAAUAAGAUGGAUUAGUUUGCUUACUGCUGGUGAGGGUAAAUGGAACAGACUACUUCGACCUCAUGGCAGGAGAGCUGCGGCAGCAAUAGUCUUCGCAGCACCAUAUUCAGUUUAUGAACAGAACAAGAAAAUGUACUGUCAUCCUGUCAUAUGGUUCCAUGAAAUGAUAAAUGACACUGAAAAUAUGCUGACUUCAUUGUUUACCGAGAUAGAAAUCCCAUUGUCUUGCGUUCGUGAUGCGGUUGAGUGCAAGAAUAAAGACUCACAAGAGGGCUCAUUUCUUUCGUCGCAGAAGCUGACACAUAUCAAGUUUGCUCCAAUAUCAGAAGCUGACAAAGCCACAUUUAAAGAGUAUGCGGAGAAGAUGAAUAUUCCUGAGGACACUUUUGACAUGGAUUAAGUUGUUCCUGUAAACUUUUUGUUGAGUUUUGAAUCUUAUAAAAUUACAUAGCGAAUUUAUAGACAUGAUUAUAUUCGUUGCCAAGUUUGAAUGCCUGUUGUUUGGUGUAAACUGCAUUGUUGGAAAUUUGUUGUUUGUUGUCAUAAGAUAUGUGGUCAUCAUUC